GGCGCAGAGCAGCGGCCGGAGCCGGUGUCCCGAGCGCGAUGAGGGCGGGCGGGGAGGCACCGCACCAGAUCCUGGGCCGGCUGCGGUUCCUGCUGCAGUGCAGCGAGUGCUUCCGCCGCGCCCAGGCGCUGCCCCCCGCGCUCUGCUACGUGCCGCGGGAGGUGCAGUACAAGAUCUGCAAGGACCCCGCGGCCGCCGCCGCCCGCAGCCUGCUCAGCGUGUGGGACAGCCCGGGGCCGGCGCGGGGCGGCAAGCGGGCGGCGCGGGCCACCAUCGAGGGGCGGAAGGGCCGGAGCCGGUGUCCCGAGCGC